AUGUCUGCGGCGAUCCAACCCGUGGAGGACGUGGAGGACGACCAGGAGAAGCCGGUGUCAAUGCUUGAUCCUCGACAGCUUGGUCAGGCUGCGAACACAGAGAUAAUGGGCAGGAUGCGCAUGAACCUAGCGCAGAUGGCAAGCGCAGCGUUAGGGGUUGGAUCUGUGUCGGCGUUGCUGGUUGUGUUGUUGGAGGGAAAGGCUCGUCUAAUGUCAACAACGACGCUUCAUUCUCUUCUUGUGUGUGGUGAGGGUUUGUUGAACGCGUUCGCGGACGAGAUGUAG